AUGUCUGACGUGUCUCCAGAAUUUUCGUCAUAUGUCAACCACAUGGCAUUUCUGAGGAAUGCCUCCUCCCGAGUUGGACACGACGACAUUGCUCUCUUGCAGGCAACAAGCUUCGCGCAUGGCCGAUGCAUACCGAAAUCCGGUCAAUUGGACAUCAAUGUCAUCUGGUACAACGAGGCGCUCACUAAACGAGAAUCCAGUAUGAAUAGUUCCAGGGAAGAUGACUUGUUGGCCAAGUUCCCUCCAACCGAGAAGAUAUUGUUGGACCGUCCUUCCGUGGUGAUCGACUCCGUGUAUAGGAUAAUCAUUUGGUAUAUCCCGGAUGGUCUAGUCCGUGGGUUGCAAAAUGAUAUGUACAUGGCCACUGUUGCUAUGGGAGAUCUCCUGAAGAAGAGCGUCGUGAACCGAAAGAGAGCAAUUGGAGAAUCCUCGGGUCCAACUUUUGACCCCACCGAAUCUCCUGGAUUAACCCCUGGGUGCAUUAACAUCGCCCCAUGUUGGUUCCACAAGGACAUGAAGCAGUGCUAUGGUCUACCUCCCGAGAUCUCGAUGAAGGCUUUUAAACCCGGGGUGUCUGCCACCUUGAAGGGCAACAGGAGCUUAUCUAUGAUCAUGGCCAUGCAACGGCCAGCACUGCUUGCAUCCGCCACUUUGCGAGUCAUGCACCCACAGCUCUACUGGGCUUCAGUACGGACUCAUGUGGAGCUUGGCCAUUGGUCUGCAGAUCAAGGUCUGUGGGACAUGCACCAUUUUCUGAAGCACUGGGCAUCUGUCUACACCGGCGCAGCUGUGAUGUGCAACCGUCAGUCUCCUGACCACAGAGAUCCGAGAUGUCCACACGAGGCCUUCAACAUCCUGACUUGCAUUGGGAGCUACCGGCACACGGUUAUGCAGUUGAAGAAUUUUGGAAUUGAGUUGGCUUACAAUCCAGGAGUUCAUGGUGAUCAGAUAGUAUGGGCUUGGUUCCUCCGGGACAGCAUCCACAACUACGCCCACACCCCUCGCCCAGAUUAUGCCAGAUAUAAUCCAGCUGACCUUGAUGCAUACGAGUUGGCCAAGUACAACCAGGCUGAUUUUGCCCUGUAUGGCACCCUGUAG